UGUCAUAUCUGUGCGCCUCUUGGUCCAGGCCGUGAAAGCAUGGCAGCUGAGGAGGCCGAGGUGGUUUCACCUCUGAUUGUGGACACAGCCCCAGACACUUCAGGAACAGCCGCGGCCUCACUAGCCGCAGCGGUGUCUGCUGCUGCGGCAGCGGCUAGGACUGGAUCGCAAGCCCAGGUUUCCAAGGCCGCUCUGGCUGCUAAGCUCAUGUCGCUCAGCGGCGUGUUCGCCGUGCACAAGCCCAAAGGGCCCACUUCAGCCGAGCUGCUGAACCGGCUGAAGGAGAAGCUGCUGGCAGGUACCCGCCCGGAAGCUGGAUUGCCAUCUCCAGAAUGGAACAAGAGGCAAAAGCAGACAUUGAAAGUUGGACACGGAGGGACACUGGACAGCGCAGCGCAAGGUGUUCUGGUGGUUGGGAUUGGAAGAGGAACAAAAAUGUUGACCAGUAUGUUGUCGGGGUCCAAGAGGUAUAUCGCCACUGGAGAACUGGGGAAAGCCACGGACACACUGGAUUCUACCGGGAAGGUAACAGAGGAGAAGCCAUAUGGUAUCAACGCCUGUGCUGUAUGCAGGGAAGGACGGGUGCAUUGUAAGCAAUCAGUGAUUGUAUAGCUUGUUCACGUACAAGUUAAUUUCAUGGGGAUGAAGUGUGUGUGUGUGUGUGUGUGUGUGUGUUGUGCAUGUGUCCGUGUGUCAGUGUGUGCAGUGUGUGUGUGUGUCUCUGUGUGUGUGUGGUGUGUGUGUGAGUGUGUGUCUGUGGUGUGCAUGUGUUCAUGUGUCCGUGUGUGCAGUGUGUGUGUGGUGUGUCUGUGUAUGUUUGUGUGUAUAUGUGUGAAUGUGUCUCUCUGUGUAUGGUGUGUGUCUGUAUAUGUCCAUGUGUAUGUGUGUGAGUAUAUCUCUGUGUGUGUUUCGUGUGUGUCUGUGUGUGUAUGUGUCUGUGUGCAUGUGUCCCUGUGUGUGUGUAUGAGUGUGUGUCUGUGUGUGCGUGUGCAUAUGUUUAGUGUUGGGGAUUGAAUUCGGAACAUUUUUUUCUUGUUAGGUAGUUGGUUUACUGUGGAGCUACAACCCAAGCAUAGAGAAAUACUUUUUAAAAUGCAAUUCAAAUGAAUGCUUUCACACUGAUGGCUCCUUAUUUACUGAACAAAGAGUGAGAUACCCAGGCCCCUUUGCACCUGAGCUAUGCCUCUCUUCUCUAAGUUCAUCACUGGGUAUCUCUGAUGUGGGGAAUUUUCUUCUGCAUUUUUAACAUCUUAUGUAGAGGCAUCUGAUUGGACGAAUGCUGGUCUUCAGACACAGCCGGCAGGCUUCACUGCAUGCACAUGUGCCACAGGCUUGGGUUUUAUUAUCAAGUAACCUGUUCUUUGGGCUUUCCAUCUGGUCAUCCUAACAUUGGAUAAAUUAUUGGCCUUGGUGACUUCUAAAUGUCCUUCAACAUGGAGAUUCUAUUACCCUGAGCAAAUUAAAUUUCAGCAAGAAUGUCUUGAGUGCCAUCUUUAUAGCGUAUGUUACCUCAGAGGAAAAACGGGCUUUGUCUUCAAAGCCCAAGAUCUCGUUGGUGAGCUGAUAGCUUAGCAUGCUGUGGAAAACAGCAGAACAAUCAGCACGUAUCACAGAUGCCUGAGCUAGAAAGUAUGAUGAGAAAGAGCAUGUCUCAGUGUCUGUCUGUCUGUCUGUGUACGUGCCUCUGUGUGUGUGUGUGUCUAUGUAUAUGUCUAUGUGUGUGUAUAUGUGGUUCUGUGUGCUUGUGUGUGGUGUCUGUAUAUGUCUUUGUGUGUGGUGUCUACAUGUAGUAUAUAUGUCUGUGUGUCUGUAUAUGUCUGUGUGUGUAUAUGUGGUGUCUCUAUGCUUGUGUGUGUUGUCUAUAUGUCUGUGUGUGUGGUAUCUGCAUGUAGUAUAUAUGUCUCUCUCUGUGUGUGUAUGUGUAUGUCUCUGUGUGUGUGUCUGUAUAUAUAUCUGUGUGUGUAUGUGUGUGUCUCUGUGUGUGUGUCUGUGUAUCUGUGUGUCUGUGUAUAUGUCUCUGUGUGUGUCUAUAUAUAUCUGUGUGUCUGUGUAUAUGUCUGUGUGUGUGUCUGUAUAUAUCUGUGUGUGUAUCUGUGUGUCUGUGUAUAUGUCUGCGUGUGUGUGUAUGUGUGUAUGUGUGUCUGUGUCUGUGUAUAUGUCUGUCUGUGUGUGUGUAUCUGUGUGUCUGUGUAUAUAUCUGUGUGUGUGUAUCUGUGUAUAUGUCUGUGUGUGCAUGCAGGUGCACACACAUGCAUCAGGGAGAGAGAGUCACUGAAGCAGCACAGAAGCAAGCAUACUGGCAGAACAAGGGUGUCAGGGAGGAGCAGAGCCAGGUAGGAACGGAAAGCUGUCUGGUCUGGCUUUGAACCGCCCGGCUGAGUUCACUCACCGUAGCAGUUUUACCAGCCAUGGCAUCUUGUUAGUUCAGCCUGGUGGUGGCAGAGGCUGUUCCGUUUAGCCUAACUAAGGUGCCCCUGCAGUCACUUCCUAGUGUCACAGUAGAUUGGGACCCAGCCUCUGAGCCCCAUGGCUGAGCAGGGAACAGGGCAGAGCUCUGUGCUGGGGGCUGCAGUGCCUCACUGAGCCUUGUUCAUGUUUAGUUACAAGGUCAUAGUGAGGCCAAGACCGUCUUGCUGGGUGCUCACAGUAUUCCCCUGAUGCCCUUUUUUAUCAUGGGUUUGGAACAAUUCAGAGCACAAUAAUUUUUGAUUAUUAUUUUUCAAAAAAAUCAAAUAUACAUUUACCCUAAAGUUUAAAUUUUCUGAAAAAUAAGAACAUUGGCUGUGAUCUAAAUGAGUUAUAGAAUGUUUCCAAGGCCUGGUUCAUUCCUGAAGCAGAUGUAAAGACUCAUCUACAAGUAUGGAAACCCAGAUCCUGAGCUCGCGUGCUGCGCUUUUGACCAUCUGCAGGCAAGAGAGUGAUUUCAGCACCGCGUCCUUCUGUCAAAUGCACCGAACAGACCUGAGAAUGUGUCUGACACUCGGAGAGCGUUAUAAGUCUUUAAAUCUUCUAAAAUCCACCUUUGAAAAUGCUUACGGAGCAUGCCAACGUCCUUGCUGCGUGGAUUCCUUCUCCGUGCUGGUUUGUCUUUAAGCUGACUAAGAGUGAUCGUUUAAAAGCAGAGGGGAGUCCCAAGAGCAGAGCAGGGUCGGGAGACAGAUCAAUAGCUCUGCUUGGAGAUGAAGGCGAAUGUGCGUGUAUGAAAUUUAUUCCACAGCAUAGAGCAGUUUUAAAUUCUAUCAAGCGAAACUGACGGCACAGCUGUGCCUGCUGUCCUCUCUGCUGUGACAGACACUGGACAGAGGGCCCAGAGGCAAGGGAGCGCACCCGCGCGGGUGUUAUCCGCCUGCCCUGUCAUCACCCUGUAUUGAUCGCCAUAGGACCGCGUCUGUAGCUAAUUUCAUAUCUUUCUUGGAGUUUUCUAAAGACACCGUCAGAAUCACCCGUGCAUAUAUGAUGCAUUCUUUUAAAGCGAGGAGUAACUGGGGUAGGGUGGGAAUCCAACCGGGGGAAUUAAGUGUCUAUAAAAAAAUAACAUUCUUUCUUUUCAUCUCACUGAUGCUUAUUUUAUUCUCUUCAUCGAAGGCAGCAUUUGGCCUAUGAGACUUGCACUGCAGUUUCACUGUUUUUAUUCAUUCAUUCUUUUAAAAUUAAUCGUAAUUUUUUACAUGUCUAAUUACACCACACAUGAACUAAAUGGUGGGAUCAAGGCUAAAACAAGGGGUCCUGGAGAGUCUGGGGUUCAUGAUAGGGCAGAAGGCAGGUCCAGACAUUUCAUUUGUGAGGCUGUGCAGAGAGCUCACCACAUGGCAAACUCAAGUUUUGCUUUUUGGAAUGUUUAGAUUUUUAUUUUAUUUAUUUUUAGUUUUUGCUAUUGUUUUUAACUUGGUAUUGAUUCUUUGUGAGUUUCACAUUAUGUACCCCAUCCCCUCCUAUCCACAGUCUGCCCUUGCAACAUCCCCCCAAAAUAAAAAGCACACACACAAACAAAACAAAAAUAAAAA